GUUCCUUAAGGUACUGUGUUAGGUACCUACUAGGUACCUUGAAGGGACCUAGCUCAGUUCUACGAACUGUCAGCAGAACUGAGAUAGUUCCUUGAGUUUCGCCUCAUCCAGGAAUAAUUCUUGAGGCAAUUAUAUAUCAGUAUCUGUGUGAGUGUGUCAGUUCCUUAAGGUACUGUGUUAGGUACCUACUAGGUACCUUGAAGGGACCUAGCUCAGUUCUAGGAACUGUCAGCAGAACUGAGAUAGUUCCUUGAAUUUAGCCUCAUCCAGGAAUAAUUCUCCAGGCAAUUAUAUAUCAGUAUCUGUGUGAGUGUGUCAGUUCCUUAAGGUACUGUGUUAGGUACCUACUAGGUACCUUGAAGGGACCUAGCUCAGUUCUACGAACUGUCAGCAGAACUGAGAUAGUUCCUUGAGUUUCGCCUCAUCCAGGAAUAAUUCUCCAGGCAAUUAUAUAUCAGUAUCUGUGUGAGUGUGUCAGUUCCUUAAGGUACUGUGUUAGGUACCUGCUAGGUACCUUGAAGGAACCUAGCCCAGUUCUAGGAACUGUCAGCAGAACUGAGAUAGUUCCUUGAAUUUAGCCUCAUCCAGGAAUAAUUCUCCAGGCAAUCAUAUAUACGUAUCUGUGUGAGUGUGUCAGUUCCUUAAGGUACUGUGUCAGGUACCUACUAGGUACCUUGAAGGAACCUACUUCAGUUCUGGGAACUGUCAGCAGAACUAAGGCAAAGGCGUCGUGUAUGUGAUUUCAUUAUUGUUGAAUAGAGUCUCACUGGUAUGUAUGUUCAUAGAUAGAGCGAAGUGUGAUAGGUCUGUAUUGAACGUUGUUGUGUAGGGUGGAGAGGUCGGUUCCCUGCUAGGGAAAUGUCGGUCAGUUCUACUGAUUUCCUCAAUUCCUUUUGUAGGUAUUGUCGUGGCAUCAGUUCCUUGAUUAGGAACUUGGGAAUGGUAGUAGUGACUGUGGAUAGGUAUUGAGGUGGUGUGUGAGAAAUAAAGUAAUGUGUUAGGAAUGGAGGAUGGAAUUGAUAGGGAAUUGUGUAGGAAAUGAGGGUAAGUUCCCAGUUCUGUAAGGAAAUGAUUAGUUUUUGCUGUAUUUUUUAGGAACUCUAGGAAUUCCUAAAGUACGGUACCUUGGACACCCCUCGGAAUUUGAUGCUAGUCGUUCGAUGUUAACUAUGCAAAGAUGGCUAAAAAAGCAUACACGAGAUAUUUUGGAUGAGUCGGAUGAGAUUCUGCACGUUAAGUAUCAAUUAAUUUACACUGUAGGCAGUCAACAACAAGUGGAUGCAGGCGCAGAACGAUGGACAACGAUUCAAUCUGUACUGCAGCUAGUUAAAAUGCAUGCAGAGCAGAUUUCAAUGGAUUUUCAAGAAGAUGUUUGUUAUAAGCCAGCAGAACGAAAAAGUGCCUUUCCACAAUUUCGCUUACAGUCACAUAGACCAUUCUCAACUUUAUGUAAAAAGAUCGCUGACGAUUGGCUUAGUACACGACCUCACCGACAGAAACAACGAGACGAUAUCUCCGAGUUGGUUUUGAAUCCUGAUCUUUGUAUUGACGAA